AUGAAUUCUUAUAGUAUAUACAAUAAGAAAGAAAAGAAAGAAUUAAUUGAAAAUUUUAGAAAUGAGAUAAUAAAUUUAUUAACUGUUCAUAAUAUUUUUUUUAUAACUGGUAAGUUGGAAUUUGAUGAAGUAAUAAAAUUAAUUUUUAUUUUAUACGAAAAGAAAAUACACACAUUAAAUGAGAAAUCAAAAAUUUGUUUAUGUUUUUCGGAUGAUAUAUUUAUUAACUCUUGUUAUGAAUUGAGUAGAAAUAAAUUGAGGGAUUUUUUUUUAUUCCCUUAUGUAGAUAAAAAUGAUAAGGGAUAUAUAAAUAAAAAUGAUGAAUAUGUAAAGGAAGAAAAACAAUACGAAGAUAUACAACAAUAUGAUGAAGAUUCCUAUUAUGAAAAAGUCAACAUGUGUACACAUGAUAACAAAGUUGUAGUCAUAGAAGAAUCAAAAUUAUUAGAAAAAAUUUGUUUUGAUCCAUUAUUAAUACAAUAUAAUAUAAUUAUCUUAACAAAUAUUUAUAAAAGACAUUCUAAAACUGAUUUAAUAUUAUCCUUAUUAAAAAAAAUUAUUUUAAAGAGAAAUGAUUUAUAUUUAUUUCUCUUUUCUGAUUAUUUUAGUGAACAGGUAUUACACUUUUUUACUUCAUAUAAUGAUAAAGUAUGGAGCUUGAAAGAAAAGGAAAACUCCUUGUAUGAUGAUGAUGAUGAUAUACAUGAUGAAAAUGAUCAUGUUAACGAAAAAAAAAAAGAAAUAGGAGCAAAAAAUAUUACACAAAAGGGAAAUAAUAAAGAUAAUAAAAAUAAUGAAGAAUAUAUAAAAAGAAAUAUCAAUUUUGUUUAUAAAGACCAAAUGAAAAAAAUUAAAAGAGACAGUAAUAAACGCAUAAAUAUUUUUGAUGAAGAACAAAAGUGUGAUUAUAAUAAGAAUGAAUCAUAUGACCAUUUAAAAAAUAAAUAUUAUACAAACAAGGAACAUAUUUAUAAAAAUGAUCAACAUAAUAAUAGAAAAAACAGCUAUUCACUAGAAAAAAAAAAUACACUAGAAUAUAAUGAUAUGGAUAUGGAUUCGUAUGAGGAGGAAUAUGGGGAAAAAUUAUCAAAUAUUGAAUUAAAAGAUAUUAUGAAGAAAGGGACAGGAAAAAAUAAAUAUCAUUUUAAAAGAAGCAAUACAUUAUCGAGUUAUGAAAAUACAUUAAGUGACAAUAACGAAAGUAUGAAUAGCGCACAUGAUAAUAAAAAGAAAGGGAUAAACAGUUUAUUUGAAAAUACUUCUAUGCAUUCCUUGGUAUAUAACAAUAUGGAAGUUGAACCUGAAUCAUUAGAAAAACAAACUAUUUUUACCAAUAAUGAAGAAAAGAAUAAAAAUAAGGAAAAGGAAAAGGAAAUUUGUCAAAAAGAAAAUGAAUGGAAGGAGCUUAUUAACAUGAUAGAUAAAAUAAAUAACAGUGAUAAUAAUAUAAGAGUUUAUAUUUUUCAUAUAAACAAUCAUAUGUAUACUAAUAAUAGUAAUGAUGAUAAAUAUGGAGACAAACACUUUAUUGCUUCUUAUGUUCAAGAGACAAAUAAUAAAAAAAUAUAUUAUUUAAAAGAGAGUUGCUCAAAUUAUAUAGAAACGAGCAUUAAACUUAUAAAAAAAUUAUUUGAAAAAAAUAAGGAUAAUGAUGAAAAUGUUUUAAUAUUUUUAAAUAAUGAAUACGAAAUUGAAGAAGUUCGAAAUGGUUUAUUAAAUAAAGGUAUAGAUAGUAAAUAUAUACUUAUAAUAUAUGAUAUAAAUAAUAUAAAUGAAGAAUUUAGUAAGAACGAAUUAAAGAAUAAAAUUAUUCUUUUACGAGAUUUAAUGUAUUAUAAAAAGUUAAAAAAUAUAAAUUAUAUAAUAGAUACUUGUUAUAUGAGAGAUGAAAUUUACAACUAUGAUAUGAAUGUAAUAAAGAGAUAUACCAUAUUAUGUAAUAAAACAAAAUGUGAAGAAAGAGCAAAUAUUAAUACAGAUUCCAUAUGUUUUAGACUUAUAACCUUAGAUGAUUAUAAUAAUUUAUUGAAUGAUAUACCAUUACCUGAAAUAUUAAAAAAGGAUAUAUUUUAUAAUAUUUUUUUUUUGAAAUUGUUAGGAAUUCAAAAUAUAUGUUCCUUUGAUUUUGUUACAGCUCCUUCGUUAAAAUCUUUAAAAAAAUGUUUUGAAUUAUUUUAUAUUUUAAAAUUAAUGGAUAUAAAUGGAAAUAUAAUAGAUAAGAAGAAAGGUCUAUUAAUUUGUUCUUUACCAUUAAAUUUUCGUUAUAGUAUAUUUUUAUUAAAUAGUAAACAAUAUAAUUGUAUAUAUGAAGUAUGUGUAAUCAUUAGUAUGUUAAUAAAUGAGCCGUUGUUUUUAUAUAAUCAUAAAAAUUUAGAUAAGAUAAGAACAAUGAGAUCGUCUUUAAUGGCUGAAGAAAGUGAUUUAUUAAGUUAUUAUAAUAUAUUUCAAAAUUUUUCGAGUGUUAAAAAUAAAAAAGAUUUCUGUCACAGUCAUUUCUUAGUAUAUAAAUCUCUAAAGAAAGCUUUCUUUUUCUUUAAGAGAUUAAAAAAUAUAUUAAAACGUUUUGGUAUAUCUAUGAAACCAUCAGGAAAUAUACAAAAUAUAUUUAAAGCAAUAAUAGCAUCAUUUUAUUAUAACGUUUCAAAAAUUAAAAAUUCAUAUGAAUAUGAAUUACUAAAUCAAAGAAACCAUGGUCCUUUAUUUUCUAUGGAUCCUUUAUCUAUAAUAAAUGAGAUAAAUUAUAUGAAGAGAAAAUUUAUUGUCUAUACGGAUGCUUAUAUGAAUAAUUCUUCUAAAAUUUACAUGAAAAAUUUAACUGCAAUAAAUCCUAGUUGGUUAGUUGAGGUAUAUCCCUCCUAUUUUUUGAAUAAACACAUGGAAAAAUAA